AAUAUUCUGGCUUUGAAUCCAAGGGUCAGCGACCAUUCUAAUUUUGUUCCUUCCAGUAUCACAAAGAAGAACAAAGCUCACUGGAAGAGAAAUGCUGACAAUAAAUGUAGUGAAUGCCCUUCACUCGAAAAUAACUUCUCUGACGUUAAAUCCACGACACUCAGUGAAAGAGGAGCCCUUCGAGAGGCUUCGAGGUGCCUCAAGUGUGCCGAUGCACCCUGUCAGAAAUCCUGCCCGACACAACUUGACAUUAAAUCAUUCAUAACCAGUAUUGCUAACAGGAAUUACUAUGGAGCUGCUAAAGCAAUUUUUUCUGAUAAUCCCUUGGGUAUUACUUGUGGAAUGGUUUGCCCUACGAGUGACCUCUGCGUUGGAGGAUGCAACCUUCAGGCUACCGAAGAAGGUCCUAUUAACAUUGGAGGAUUGCAGCAAUUUGCAACCGAGGUAUUCAGUAAAAUGGGUGUUAGACAAAUAAGAGACCCGAAAACCGCCAAACCUAAAUGUCCAGAUGCUAAAAUAGUACUUUUCGGAGCAGGGCCAGCUUCACUUUCGUGUGCAACGUUUCUGGGACGAUUGGGAUACGAUAAUAUUACAAUUUACGAGAACAAACACACUCUAGGUGGACUCAGUGCCACCGAAAUUCCUCAAUACCGACUACCCAUCACAACUGUGGAUUACGAAAUUGGAUUGGUGAAAGAUCUAGGAGUGAAAAUAUUAACAAACAGGUCCCUUUCCACCAAAGAUCUCACGAUAGAAAAUAUACUUAAAGACUCGAAAGCAGUAUUUAUAGGAAUCGGUCUGCCCCAGCCAAAAAUUGAUCCUAUUUUCAAGGAUCUCACAGUGGAAAUGGGAUUUUAUACAUCCAAGAGCUUCUUACACCGAGUUUCGGAAGCCAGUAAAAACCUUACAAGUGGAAGUUGCUUGUGUAAACAAACUACGCCUGUUCUUCCCAAAUUAUAUGGUACAGUGAUAGUUCUGGGCGCCGGAGAUACUGCCUUUGACUGUGCAACUUCUGCUUUGAGAUGUGGUGCUAAGAAAGUAUUCGUUGUAUUCAGGAGAGGAUUCACUAAUAUAAGGGCGGUACCAGAAGAGGUUUCAGUUGCAGUUGAAGAGAAAUGUGAAUUGGUUGGUUUCUUGACACCACAUUCAGUACAAAUAAAAAAUGGAAAAAUUCAUUCAGUAACUUUCUGUAGAAAUGAACAAACUGAAGAUGGAAAAUGGUUUCAAGAUAAUGAACAGUUGAAUACGAUAAAGGCGAAUUUCCUCAUUUCUGCUUUUGGUUCAGGAUUGGAAGAUGAAGAAAUGAUUGAUGCUUUAAAACCCCUGAAACUGAAUGAAGAUAAUUUACCAGUGGUAGACCCAAUCACAAUGCAAUCUUCCCAUACUUCCGUUUGGUGUGGAGGAGAUAUUGCCGGAGUUGCCCAGACUACGGUAGAAUCCGUAAAUGAUGGUAAAAUAGCAGCUUGGUACAUACACUGUGCUUUUGAGGGUUUACCGAAAGAGACUAAACCAAAGUUGCCUUUAUUCUACACAGAAAUUGAUGAAGUCGAUAUAUCUGUGGAAAUAUGUGGCGUUAAAUUUCAAAACCCAUUCGGGUUAGCAUCCGCCCCACCAGUUACAACUCCAGCUAUGAUCAGGAGGAGUUUCGAGCAAGGCUGGUCUUUUGUUGUGACUAAAACAUUCACACUUGAUAAGAAUGCAGUGACUAAUAUAUCUCCCAGAAUAAUUCGAGGAACAACAUCUGGCGAAAACUACGGACCCCAACAGGGAUCUUUUCUGAACAUCGAAGUUAUUUCUGAGAAAUACUUCAAUUACUGGUUGCAAGGUAUUCGAGAACUCAAACAGGACUUCCCAGAGAAAGUCAUAAUUGGUAGUGUCAUGGUUACCUAUAACGAAGAAGACUGGAUAGAAAUAACUCAAAAAGUUGAGAAAGCUGGUGCUGAUAUGCUGGAGUUGAAUUUGAGUUGUCCACAUGGUGUUGGUGAAUCUGGAAUGGGAUUAGCAAUUGGACAGAAACCUGAUCUUUUGAAGAAUGUAUGCAAGUGGGUCAAAAAUGCAGUCAAAAUACCGUUCUUCGUUAAGCUAACACCUAAUAUUACAGACAUCACAGAAUUGGCAGAGGCUGCAAAAGAAGGUGGAGCUUCUGGAGUAACAGCAAUUAAUACCAUAUCUGGACUGAUGCACAUCAAUCCAGAUUCAACGGCGUGGCCUUCAGUUGGAAUGGAUAAAAGGACUACCUAUGGAGGAGUUAGUGGAAACGCAACUAGGCCUGUCGGUCUCAGGGCUGUCUCAGCUAUUGCCAAAAAGUUUCCAAGCUUCCCGAUAUUAGCAACGGGUGGAAUCGAUUCUGCGUAUACUGCCUUCCAAUACUUACAAUGUGGAGCUUCAGCAUUUCAAGUAUGCAGCGCAGUUCAGAAUCAGGAUUACACAGUCAUCGAUGAUUACUGUACCGGACUGAAAGCAAUGCUGUAUUUGGAUGGCAGACUACAAGGUUGGCAAGGUCAAAGUCCUCCGACUUUUAAACAUCAGAAAGGAAAAAAAGUUAUUUCACUAUUCGACGAAAAUGGAAAGAAAUUACCACACUUCGGGCCCUAUCAUAAAAAAAGGGAGGAACUUUUAUCUAAGUUAUAUAAAGAAUCAAAUGUGAGAGACGAUCCUAUUCUUCAUCAUACUGAUGGAUUUAAAAUUACAUCCUCUCAAAAGAACCAAGCUGGUUGCAGAAAAGACAGUCCAAAGGUUCUGGAUCUUCUUGGUAGAUCGCUUUCCAAGAUUGGACCCUACAAGAAAUUAAAUGCGAAUGAGCAAGUGGUGGCUGUGAUAGAUGAUGAUAUGUGUAUAAAUUGUGGAAAAUGUUACAUGGCCUGUAAUGAUUCCGGAUACCAAGCCAUACACUUUGAUCCAGAAACUCACAUCCCAAAAGUUAACGAUGAUUGUACAGGAUGUACCCUGUGUAUGUCUGUGUGUCCUGUGAUCGAUUGUAUUACAAUGGUUCCCAAAAUGAUUCCACAUAUUAUCAAACGAGGAAAAAAUGGCGACUGUGUGAAACUAGAUAAUGAUUCGGAACUCAUUACAACUAAUUGAAUAUAAAAGCGGUUUUGAUAUGGUUCGAGCAUGUUUCUAUAUUUCGUAAAUAUAGUAAAUUAUAAUAAAGUUUUAUUGGUUUCA